ACACCUGAGCCAGCAGUUUGUGCAGCCAGAGGAGCGCUGGCAGGGCUCCCUGCUGGGGCCCGCGCUGCCCAGCCAUGCUCUGGGCACUCUGGCCAAGGUGGCUGGCAGGCAAGAUGCUGCCCCUCCUGGGGGCGGUGCUGCUUCAGAAGAGAGAGAAGAGGGGCCCUCUGUGGAGGCACUGGCAGCCGGAAACCCACCCAUACUAUGACCUCCAGGUGAAGGUGCUGAGGGCCACAAACAUCCGGGGUACAGACCUGCUGUCCAAAGCCGACUGCUACGUGCAACUGUGGCUGCCCACGGCGUCCCCCAGCCCUGCCCAGACUAGGACAGUGGCCAACUGCAGUGACCCCGACUGGAAUGAGACUUUCCACUACCAGAUCCAUGGUGCUGUGAAGAAUGUUCUGGAGCUCACUCUCUAUGACAAGGACAUCCUGGACAGCGACCAGCUCUCCCGGUUCCUGUUUGACCUGACGAGCCUCAAGUGUGGCCAACCUCACAGACACACCUUCGCACUCAACCACCAGGAUUCACAAGAGCUGCAGGUGGAAUUUGCUCUGGAGAAGAGCCAGGUGCCUGCAUCUGAAAUCAUCACCAACGGGGUUCUGGUGGCUCACCCCUGUCUGAGAAUCCAGGGCACACUCCGGGGAGAUGGGACAGCCCCACGGGAAGAGUACGGCUCUCGGCAGCUCCUGCUGACAGUGCCUGGGGCCUACGAGAAGCCACAGCUCUUGCCCCUGCAGCCUCCCACAGAGCCAGGCCUCCAACCCACCUUUAUCUUCCACGUGAACCCAGUGCUGAGCUCCAGGCUACACGUGGAGCUGAUGGAGCAGCUCUCAGCUGUGCAGAGCGACCCCAGCGUGGAGCUGGAGGCUCAGACCAGCAAGCUGGGCCAGGGGGGCGUCCUGCUCUCCUCUCUGCCCCUAGGCCAGGAGGAACAGUGUUCUGUGGCCCUGGGGGAGGGCCAGGAGGUGGCUCUGAGUGUGAAGGUGGAAAUGAGCUCCGGGGACCUAGACCUACGCCUUGGCUUUGACCUCUGCGACGGGGAGCAGGAGUUUCUGGACAGGAGGAAGCAGGUCGUGGCCAAGGCCCUGCAGCAGGUGCUGGGAUUGAGUGAGGCUCCCGACAGUGGCCAGGUUCCUGUAGUGGCUGUGUUGGGUUCCGGGGGUGGAACCCGAGCCAUGUCUUCUCUGUACGGCAGCCUGGCAGGGUUGCAGGAGCUCGGCCUGCUAGACACUGUGACCUACCUGAGUGGGGUCUCUGGGUCCACCUGGUGCAUCUCCACACUCUACAGGGACCCAGCCUGGUCCCAGGUGGCCUUGCAGGGCCCCAUUGAGCGUGCCCAGGUUCACGUCUGCAGCAGUAAGAUGGGAGCUUUGUCCACGGAGCGGCUACAGUACUACAUUCAGGAACUGGGGGUCCGGGAGCGCAGUGGCCACAGCAUGUCCCUCGUCGACCUCUGGGGCCUCCUUGUGGAGUAUUUCCUGUACCAGGAGGAGAACCCUGCCAAGCUGUCUGACCAACAGGAGGCGGUCCACCAGGGUCAGAACCCUUACCCCAUUUACACCAGCGUCAACGUCCGCACCAACAUGAGUGGGGAAGAUUUUGCAGAGUGGUGCGAGUUCACGCCCUACGAGGUCGGCUUCCCCAAGUACGGGGCUUAUGUUCCCACCGAGCUCUUUGGCUCAGAGCUUUUCAUGGGACGAUUGCUGCAGCUCCAGCCCGAGCCCCGGAUCUGCUACCUGCAAGGUGUGUGGGGCAGCGCCUUUGCCACCAGCCUGGAUGAGAUCUUCCUAAAGACUGCGGGCUCGGGCCUCAGCUUCCUGGAGCGGUACAGAGGCAGUGUGAAUAUCACAGAUAACUGCCAGAAGCCUCAGCCGCACAACCCAUCGAGGCUGCGAACAAGGCUCCUUACCCCACAGGGGUCCUUCUCCCAGGCUGUGCUGGACAUAUUCACCUCCCGCCUCACUUCUGCCCAAAGCUUUAACUUCACCCGGGGUCUCUGCUUGCACAAGGACUAUGUGGCUGGCAGAGAGUUCGUGGCCUGGAAAGACAGACAUCCAGACGCCUUCCCCAACCAGCUCACCCCGAUGCGGGACUGCCUGUACCUGGUGGACGGAGGCUUUGCCAUCAACUCUCCGUUCCCACUGGCUCUGCGGCCUCAGAGAGCCGUGGACCUCAUUCUGUCCUUUGACUAUUCCUUGGAAGCUCCUUUUGAGGUCUUGAAGAUGACAGAGAAGUACUGCCUGGACCGAGGAAUCCCCUUCCCUAGCAUCGAGGUGGGCCCUGAAGACAUGGAGGAGGCUCGUGAGUGCUAUCUGUUUGCCAAGACUGAGGACCCCCGCUCCCCCAUCGUGCUGCACUUCCCCCUUGUCAACCACACCUUCCGCACACACCUGGCCCCAGGUGUGGAGCGACAAACAGCUGAGGAGAAGGCCUUUGGUGACUUUGUCAUCAACAGGCCAGACACCCCCUAUGGCAUGAUGAACUUCACCUACGAGCCCCAGGACUUUGAUCGGCUGGUGGCCCUGAGUCGAUACAAUGUUCUGAACAAUGUGGAGACCCUGAAGCAUGCCCUCCAGCUGGCUCUGGACCGGCACCAGGCUCGGGAGAGGACUGGGGGCUGACCAAGGCAGGAGGCGGAGGACUGUGAUAGAGAGGAGACACCCUGCUCGUGGCCAGGGCUCAUUGAGGGAGGAGCGAUGGGGACGCUGUGCGGGGUCUACUUCCCUUCUCUCCAGGACCUGCCUCGAGGUGCCCCAGGCCCCGGAAAGCUCUUGCAGAAUUGCAGCUUGGACUUGGGGCAGGGCUCUCCUUGCGUGUUUUUUGGAGAAGAUGGGCAGUAGAUCUCUCCAGGGGCUCUUGGGGAUGUAGGGCAGAAGAGAGCAGCACUCAUCUCACAGCGGGGUGUGGAGAGAAUCAGGUGAGCCACAGGGCCCACCCCAGACACAGAAGCACCUCAGAGGGCCCAGGUUCUCAGCCCAGGGGCUGAGGGCAUCGAGAAGCCAGCUGUCCUCCUUACACUGAGACGGAAAGCAGAGAUGCAUCCACCCACACUUCCUGCAGAGCGGCCCAAGCCCCAACCCCCAACCCCACCUUGAGCUCCUGGAUGCACUGCUAUCAAGAACAACGAGGGGCCAAGUGGGGGUGGCCAGCCUAUGUCGCUGACUCCAUCAUCCUAACCCUCCGUCUGCCUUCUGGCCUCCUCGUGCCUCCUCCCAGAUUACCCUUCUCUUUCCAGAGCCCUAAAGCCUGUGGGGUGAUGGCCCAUUCUGGCUGCUCCAGGUGGGAGAUGUGUGCAUGUCUCCCUGCCAAUUACCCAGGCUUUACUCUUCGAGCCUGGGCCACAGUCUCUGGUCAUGUGUGUAGUGGCCACGUCAUGCAAAUAUACUCUCACCAUUCCUAGUAGCU